AUGUAUGAAUGGCAUGGUAAAAGGUAUUGGGGAGAUGCCCAUGGACUUGCUGGGAUUUUGCAUGUAUUGAUGGACAUGGAACUGAAGCGAGAUGAGGUGGAGGAUGUCAAGGGUACACUGCAGUACAUGAUCAAGAAUCGAUUUCCCAGUGGAAAUUAUCCUUCAAGUGAAGGAAGUGAAUCUGACUGUCUUGUGCAAUGGUGUCAUGGUGCUUCGGGGGUUGCUCUUACCCUUGCAAAAGCAGCCAAGGUUUUUGGAAGCGAGGAGUUUCUGAGGGCAGCUGUGGAUGCAGGGGAGGUGGCAAAGUGGAGUUCUUGUACAGGGCCAAAGCGUUUGCUGCUUUCUUUAAAUGAUAGAGCUCAAGUUCUCAUAUCAGAGGGGAUAAUGCAUGGAGGUGAUCGCCCCUACUCCCUGUUUGAAGGCCUUGGAGGAAUGGCUUAUCUCUUUUUGGACUUGAUCGAACCAUCUGAGGCUAGGUUCCCUGGUUAUGAACUUUGA